GAGAGUAUAAUGAAGCCCCAAGGUCUGCAGAUCUCAGCUCCCUCACACGUGCGCCACAGACUUGUUCUUCCAUUCGGACCCGCGACAUGGUAAUCCUACGAUACUACGAUGUGCAGGCCCAUGAUGUGGCCGAGGAGCAGACCCUCCUCCGUCGACUCCAGGCUGAAGACAACAGUGUUGUCGCGGUGCGUCUGGAGCGCUGCUACCACCUGGAGUAUAAUGGUCAAGCGGAGCACUCCGUGGCGCUGGACGAUCUGCUUGUCUGGCUCGUCAAGCAUCCCAUGAGCGAUGGCCAGAGUUUGACCAAGGAAACCGUGCUCCGCUCGGAGGGUCCUCGUCAACUCCUUCUGGAGGUCGGGCCACGUUUCAACUUCUCCACUCCGUACUCCACCAACUGCGUCAACAUCUUCCAUAACCUUGGCUACUCCGAGGUUCGUCGCAUGGAAACCUCCAACCGCUACCUUCUGACCUUCAGUGGGGACUCGGUGUCACGAGAUCCGUCGAAAUUUUUCCCUCUCCUGGGCGAUCGGAUGACGCAGUGCCUGUACACGGCGGAGAACAUGCCCAAGGCCAGUUUCGACGAGCAGUUGCCAUCGCGUCAGGCGGACUGGCAUUUCGUUCCUAUCUUGGAGGAAGGUCCGGCUGCUUUGGAGCGUGUUAACAGGGAACUGGGCCUCGCCUUUACGGACUUCGACCUCGACUACUAUUACGAACUCUUCGCCAAGACCCUUGGACGCAAUCCCACCACCGUCGAGUUGUUCGACUGUGCCCAGAGCAACAGCGAGCACUCACGGCAUUGGUUUUUCCGUGGACGCAUGGUUAUCGACGGGGAGGAGCAGCCCAAAUCCCUCAUUCGCAUGAUCAUGGACACGCAAGCCCACACGAAUCCCAACAACACCAUCAAGUUCAGUGACAACAGUAGCGCCAUGCGGGGAUUCAAGUACGAUGCCAUUGUGCCGUCCUCCGUGGUGGCUCCUGGUCCAGUGAGUCUGGGUAGCUUGGAGUCUGACCUCAUCUUCACGGCAGAGACCCAUAACAUGCCCACUGCAGUGGCGCCCUUCAGCGGAGCCACCACCGGCACUGGCGGCCGGUUGCGAGAUGUCCAGGGUGUUGGAAGAGGUGGCGUUCCCAUUGCUGGCACAGCAGGUUACUGCGUUGGAGCUCUUCGCAUUCCAGGUUACAAUCAGCCUUAUGAGCCGUCGGACUGCCAGUACCCUUCGACCUUUGCCCCUCCUCUGCAGGUGCUGAUCGAGGCCAGCAACGGUGCCUCCGACUAUGGCAACAAGUUCGGCGAGCCAGUGAUCUCCGGCUUUGCUUUAUCCUACGGUCUAAGGAACGUGGCCGAUCCCAGCCAGCGAAACGAAUUCGUAAAGCCCAUCAUGUUCAGCGGCGGUCUGGGUACCAUGCCGGCUACAAUGCGUGAGAAACUGCCGCCUGUUCGCGGCUACCUGCUGGCCAAGAUCGGAGGUCCAGUCUACAGGAUUGGAGUGGGCGGUGGGGCCGCCAGUUCCGUGGAAGUUCAAGGAUCUGGAGACGCUGAGCUCGACUUUAACGCUGUGCAGCGAGGCGACGCCGAAAUGGAAAACAAACUUAAUCGCAUGGUACGGGCCUGCCUCGAACUGGGCGACAAGAAUCCUAUUUUGGCCAUUCAUGAUCAAGGCGCCGGCGGCAAUGGAAACGUGCUCAAGGAGCUGGUGGAGCCUGGCUUUGCCGGAGCUGUAAUUUACUCGAAAGAGUUUCAGCUGGGUGAUCCCACCAUCACUGCUCUGGAGCUGUGGGGCGCUGAGUACCAGGAGAACAACGCUAUUCUCUGCAAGGCGGAAGAUCGGGACCUUCUGGAAAGGAUCUGUGAACGCGAACGAUGCCCCAUUAGCUUUGUGGGCGUGGUAACUGGCGACGGGAAAGUGACCCUUUUAGAGGAGGCCGCACCCAAGGAUCUGGAGAAGGCUCUAACCGUCAGCAGCGAGAAGCCUGCUCCCUUCAGCCUAGAUCUGAAGUAUGUCUUAGGCGACAUGCCAAAAAGAACCUAUGAGCUGACACGCGAGGUGACACCGUUAAAGGAUUUGGAGUUUUCGAAGGACCUUCGCCUGGAUGAUGCUCUGGAGCGCGUUCUUAGCUUGGUGGCUGUGGGCAGUAAGCGAUUCCUUACAAACAAGGUGGAUCGCUGCGUUGGAGGACUCAUCGCUCAGCAGCAGUGCGUUGGGCCGCUGCAGGCUCCCCUGGCAGAUUACGCCCUGACCACCGUCUCGCACUUUACCAACGCCGGUAUCGCCACCUCCAUUGGCACCCAGCCGCUCAAGGGCCUUCUCGAUCCCGCUGCCAUGGCUAGGAUGUGCGUGGCGGAGGCCAUCAGCAACCUCGUCUUCGUCAAGAUCACCGAAUUGGCCGACGUCAAGUGCUCGGGUAACUGGAUGUGGGCCGCAAAGCUACCGGGGGAAGGAGCUAAAAUGUUUGAUGCCUGCAAGGAGCUCUGCAGCGUCCUGGAGGAACUCCACAUAGCCAUUGACGGCGGCAAGGACUCUCUAUCCAUGGCUGCGAAGGUGGGCAAAGAGACCAUCAAGUCCCCGGGCACUCUUGUCAUCUCCACAUACGCCCCCUGCCCCGACGUGCGUCUUAGAGUAACUCCUGACCUCAAAGGACCUGCUUCUGGGUCUAAAACCGUACUGCUGUGGAUCAAUUUGGAGGAUAAGCUGCGCCUGGGAGGAUCUGCACUCGCCCAGGCCUACGCUCAGCUGGGCAAGAAGUCACCCAAUCUACUGAGAAGCGAUCGGCUGGCUAAGGCCUUUGCCGUCACCCAAACCCUACUGGGAGAAAAGGUGCUCCUGGCGGGACAUGAUGUCAGCGACGGAGGGCUACUCGUUUGCCUCGUGGAGAUGGCUAUCGGUGGAUUAAGUGGUCUCGAAGUGGAUUUGUCGGAACCCUUGGCAAAGCUGAAGCAUUACGAUGCUUCCGUUGAAAAGAUUGGACGUCCGGAACUGGCGCUUCUCUUUGCCGAGGAAUGCGGAUGGGUUGUGGAGGUCCUGGAGUCGGAUUUGCAACGAGUCAAGUCGAUGUAUAGCGACGCCGGAGUGCCCACCUACCAGCUGGGUGUGACAACUGGAUUCGGUCUUGGCUCCCGGUUCGUGGUCAACUUGGGAAAGUCCACUCUCUUGGAUCUACCCGUUCGUCAACUAUACAAGCAGUGGGAGCGCACCAGCUACGAGUUGGAGAAACUCCAGGCCAACGAGGAGUGCGCUCAGGCGGAAUAUGACAGUCUGGAAUUCCGCCAGGCCCCUCAGUACAAGGGACCUGCUAACCUUCAAGCGGAGCUUACCCUCAAGAGGUCCUCUGUUCCGGUUCGCGUGGCCGUUCUGCGGGAGGAGGGUGUCAAUAGUGAGCGCGAGAUGAUGGCCUGCCUUCUCAGGGCCAACUUCGAGGUCCACGACGUGACCAUGUCCGAUCUUUUGAAGGGUACCACCACUUUGUCCCAAUACCGAGGACUGAUCUUCCCGGGAGGCUUCAGCUAUGCGGACACCUUGGGAUCUGCAAAGGGUUGGGCAGCCAAUAUUGUCCACAGUCCGACCCUGAAGAGCCAGUUUGAGGACUUUAAGAAACGCAAGGACGUUUUCUCCCUCGGCAUUUGCAAUGGAUGCCAACUGAUGACCCUGAUUGGUUUUGUCGGAAACCUCAAAUCCCAAUUGGGAACACAGCCUGACUUGGCUUUGCUCCACAAUCGCUCCCAGAGAUUUGAGUGCCGUUGGUCCUCUGUUCGAAUUCCACCCAACCGCUCUAUUAUGCUGGGAAAUAUGCAGGAUCUGAUCCUGGGUUGUUGGGUGGCCCAUGGGGAAGGACGCUUUGCCUUCCGGGAGGAGAACCUCAUUAAAACUCUUCAGUCGGAGCAGCUGGUGACUCUGCAGUAUGUGAAUGACCAGGGUGAACCUACGGAACUUUAUCCCAUGAAUCCCAAUGGCAGUCCUCUGGGUAUUGCCGGACUGUGUUCACCUGAUGGCCGCCACUUGGCCCUGAUGCCGCAUCCGGAGCGAUGCAGCUCCAUGACUCAAUGGCCGUACGUGCCACCCGGAUUCGAGGUGCCCGCCACAAACACAGAGAGUCCUUGGCAGUUAAUGUUCAACAACGCCUACAAUUGGUGUGUAAAUCAGGAUAAGUGAACAACUUUUUAAAUGCAUUUGUAUAAUUAAUAUAAAAUACUAUAUACAAAACGAAUUUAAACACUAUUUUUGUACAAAUAUAAUCACUAUUAAACAUUUAAA